ACGAAUUCUCGUGGUAGGGGUAGAUGAGAUGAGAUACCUAUGCAAACGAUUUCGACGUUACCUACUAGGUACCUAGGUACGCACCUAGGUACGCAGAGAUUAGGUUGGUCGAUCACGGGUGAAUCACAGCUUCUUUACCUGAUACUUGAAAACUACCUAUCUAAUAGUAAUGAUAUUCUCAAGUAUCCGUGUAGCAGGGCGGGGUUUGCAGAAUAUGAGGCUGAGCCAUCAGCCAACUUCAAAUUGUCAUGUCGCUGCCGGAGUGCUAUAUUCUUUCAUCUUCUAACCCGAUACUUUUCACCAGUCUUUACGUAUCUUCCCGCAAGCAAACCUUGUAUACAAUAUCAUCUUAUCAACAAACAUGUCAGGAAACGCUGUUGGCUUUGCCUUUCAAGCCGAUGUCACUAACACAGGUUCCCUUCUUCACAGCCUUACGGGGAGGGCCCUAAAGGCUAUGAGUGAUGGUGGUGUUGACUUCUACUCUGUCGUCGCCACGAUUGCUCUAGGCAAGAAUAUCGCUGUCCGAGAUUCUUUGGGAAACGCAGUAUACUCGCACAUCAUGUCGAAGGGUGGCCUACAGUCCGUCCUAUCGAAAGCUCUUAGCAUUGGAUGGGGUCACAAGGCACUUGCAGUUGAGAUGGCAAGCACAAAAGCAGGAACAAACGCCCUUCUACUGGUUGGGGCUCUUGCUACUGGAUCGAGCCAUUUCCAGGCCGCCCAGUGCUUCUCGGAACUUCUUUCCUUGCGUGGCUGUGAGCCCGAUAGGCUACCCAACGUCGAUAUGUUGAAACACAUGAUCGGAUACAUUGCCCCAUUCGUUUAUGAUUUGGGGUUCUCAAAGGUCCUCGAGAAUGUUUCGACGACUACAAUUCGCCUAAUGAGGGCAGCCAAUCGAGACUCCUAUGAACCGUAUAAUCAUCUAACGACACAUGGUGACGCUGCGGGUGUUGCUGGAGGUAUUAAUCAGCUCCUUCUAACCUCUCAGAAAAGAGAAAGCUAUUACUUCGUCACGAAAAUGAGAGGUGCUUGGUUCGCUGCUUUCGCUACUCAUAUUCUCGGGAUGUCAGUCGAGCUACGGCUCAAUGAUGCCGUCCUUUGGGCGUCUGCAGGGGAGAACGGAACUGCUAUCUUUGAAUUGGGCGAGCACCAAAUUGCUGAAUUAUCAGUCCGCGCAAAUAAUGGCAAAUGGAUCGAGCUAGUGGACUCCACAGAUCCGACUAAUCAAGUUGGCAUAGUACUUGACUAUCUAGUCGGUGAAAUGUUUGGUUCCAUGGUUGCCCAAGAGCCGAGGAUCGAUCCCAUCGUUUGGGAUGCGAUACGCCAUGGUAUAGUUCAAAUCACACAUCAGGCGUUAGAAACUGACGAAACGACAAGGGCGAUUCAACACGAAGAUGCAUUGAAAGAAACUCUCGAGGCAUUUGGGUUAAACUUUGACUACAGAGAAUCCUGCCAACGACAAAGGAAAUCGACGUAUUACUUAAGCGCGUUAGACGAAAAUAUACAAAACACGCUGAUCACGACCUGCGGCAAACAUGCCGAAUUUUCAAAAUGGGAUUCCAUCCUUGGCAGAUACGACCGAGUCCUGGACUGCAUAUGCCUACAUGCCGAGACUGUUAUGCGCCGGCUUGUGGUUUGUAUAACGAAUCUCACGCGCUGCCGCUUUGAUGCUAGUUGCCUUAGAAUCCGACAAGAAGCUGAGGAUGCUCUAUCCCCUGGCUAUUAUUAUCACAACUGGGACUCAGGCAAAAUAUCUCUCGAAGAGAGUAUCAAUAAUAUAUAUUGUUUCGUCUGCGACGACGGUACUGCACAAUUUAAGGACAACCGCCCGGCCGCCCACGGUUUUAAUGUACUGAGCCAUUCAGGCGGUAAUAUACUUGGCCGUUCAGGCGGCGGAUAUACUGUUUUCUAUACAAGUAUAAUGCAGAACGAUUGUUACGAUAACCAGGGUCGCUUUAUAUCAUUGUGGCCUGGCACGGCUUCCAUCAAUGGUGUGGCUAGGUCAAGUAUAGUAGAAGACGAUGCGGGUAACUGGGUGCAGGCUUUUCCACAAUUUCCCACUCCCACCUCAUCGAUAGCAUCAGGUUUACUCCUCGAACCUCACUAUUGCCCUUCAGAUAAGAAGAUCCACAUGAGCGUGUCCUUGGACGAAGACUAUAUUUUGGUCUACUUCACAAUUGGACCCAGGGAGCUUAUUACACAAGCUUUCUCUUUCACUUUUUGUAUCAGUUGUUUCAUUAAAUUAUCAUCCCCGCAUUGUUCACACGAUCCCAAGGAGGGCUACAGAGUAGAAGAGGAUCAAUGUGUUGCAGUUGUUGGAUUUGACAGGCGAUCAUGUCCCUAUGUUUUUGGGAGUGGCCAUACCAAAAUUUUCGCUCUGCAUGGCAAUAAACUUGAACAGAUUGUCACCGCGGGGCACCUUACAAGUUCUCUAUGCGUUUUACAAAGACUGGCAUGCUUAAGGUGCUGUAUCAAAUUGGUUUCAGCGGUGGGAGAAUCUCAGGGCGGAGAGGUGAUCAUGGGAGGCUAGCCUUGCCCCUUUAUCACAAAACCCUUAUGUGCACUAUGAGAGAUAUUGGGCCAACUCCCGCUUACCUACCUUCAGAUCAACCUGGAUGCGUACGUACAGAUAUACAUAGGUACCUAGUAGGUACAGUACAGAUACUGUAAAUUAGGUAUACAAAAUAUUGGAUUGGACGUAUGAACAGUCAAAUAAAGAAUCAUUCUAGAGUGUUAUUUUAU